AUGCGAAACCACGAUGUCGCCGCCAGGAAAUGUGCCAACUGCCACCGCGUCUUCUCCAAGGUCGAACACUUGAGACGACACCAACGAGCUCACACAGGAGAGCGCCCGUUCAAAUGCAAGCAUUGUGGAAGGAAAUACGCAAGAAGUGAUGUCUUGAACCGUCAUGUCCGUCACCAUCAUGCGGACUCGACGGAUCGCAACGAGGCCAGCCAGUCGCCGGUUGAGUCGCAGGAUGUCCGGCAGGCAAACAAAACCUCCCGGUUGAAUUUUAAUUAUGACGACGCCGAUUCAGGGAGCCGAUCGCCUUCUAAUGACUCUCCUACGGCACACGACACGUCGACAGCAGAAGAGCCGAAUUCCGCCACGUUGCCCAUCCAACAUCUGAACAACCGUGAGUGGGACGAUGUGCGAUCGGAGGUUCUGCAGGACAUGAAUUCGUCUUACUCAGGAAAUCUUGAUGGGAUGAUUCAUGCCGGUCAUGACCUCCCAGGGAUCGAUAUAGGGCACAUCCCUGAAUCAACCAGUCUGUCAAACCCUCACCUGGAAUUUAAUCCCAACGAAACAGUUCUGGACAUGCCUCUGCUAGCACCUACAGCACCCGCAGCACCCGCUAAUUACAACAUGGGCGAUCUCUUCCAUACCAACGUUGACAUGGAGUUUGGAUCCCUGUUGGACGGUCUCCAGUUAACUCCACCCCGAUCUGGGGACCAGGAGCCCAGAGAUCCGCCAAAGACCAAUAUAUCAAACGAGCAGUUUGAACAAGUCCGCCGGCUCUGGCCCACUCGGCGGCGAGCCGCUACGCUGUCACCAACCCCCGUUUGCUGGGACGAUGUUUUGCUACAUCCCGAGGACAAUGUCUUCUCCCCAACCUCCUUAACGGCGCUUGCAACUCUAGACUCGUCCUCUCAGCCAGAGUCGAGUUGGGGCUUUACAGGUGCGUGUCGUGCACGGUUAGCUGAAAGCCUCUACCGAAAUUACCUCCCUCAUACCGAACAUCCAAUGCAGUCAGUGCCCCCUUCCCCGUCUGACGGUCUUCGGGAGGACGGUCUACCUCCAACUUAUAUCAUCGAUCUGUGUCUGGAUCUCUAUUUCCAUCGGUUCAUGGUGCAUUUGCCUUUUGUACAUCCUGCAACGUUCAACGCCUCCACAACUCCAAGUCUUCUCCUUUUCCCCAUGUGCGUCGUGGGCAUGAUGGUCCUCAACAGAGGGAUGGCUCACAAAGUAAUAGCGCAGCAUCUGCCAGGUGCUGUCCAGAACUGCAGGGCUGAGCUCGCCACCACGGCACUGCGCCAUUGCCCUGCUCCUGCCCUGCUCACUGUGCUCGCAAGCGCCUGCUUGCUUUUGUUCAUUGCUGCCUCUACCCCUGAAAUGGCAUUUGAGGAACAGCGACAGGCCCUCUACGAGGAAACGCUGUCGUUGGCUCGAGAUAGAGGCCUGUUCAGGCGACCGACAUACAAUUCAGCCGUCAUUGAAGCCGUCCACGAUAGGGAUGUAACAUGGAAGGCAUGGGCCCGGAUCCAAUCAGCCCAACGCCUGGCGGGCUGCCUCAUUCUAGCAGACGUGUAUUCCUCCCAGAUGCUCAACGUGGUGCCCAUGCUCUCGCCCAGAGAACUUGAAAUACCACUGUUAGGCGAUGACAGUCUCUUCACCCUGCCUAACGUUGAGAGAUGGACUUUGCUUAUCGGGCCAGAUUCUCCAUGGAGCAGCAUUCCGUCCGCUCCUGCUCGCCUCGACUACCCCCCAGCCCUUACUGGAUUUGGGGUCCAGAUCGUACUUGCUGUGACAUGGAUCCGCAUUCUUAAAUGUCAACGCAGUCCGGGUAGUUCAGCCCAGGCCAUGUGCGAGCCAUGGACCUCCAAUCCUAGCUUGCCCAGUCGAUUAUCAGACACAGACCAUCUAUCGUCCAUCAGCCCCUCUCUCACCUUGAUACUCAAGGCAUAUGGGGCGGUGCUCAAGAGUGGGAAUAGCAACUCACUGAUCCUCUGGCACUACCUUGGACUAUCUCUCACUACGGACUUGUCAGUCAUUGAGGAUGCAGCCGGUCGAAAUGGGCCAGACGCAGCAAAGGCAGCCGUUGAUACUCUAAGGCUCUGGGCUAAAGGCCCUGCUGCACGCCGCGCGUGUCUGCACGCUAUGCAAGCACUGCUUGCGAUUUCGGACCAUCGACAAGGGGAUGGUAUAAUGCUGCAUACUGAAAUGACCAUAUUCAACGCAGCUCUCGUUCUGGGGUUCUAUUUGCUGACCGCCCCGAGCUUUGAUCAAGAUAAUAGCGCUCCACACUACGAUCUUUUUGACCCUGUAGAUUGGGGUCAGGUCGCAAACCUGGGGCUUACAAUGCCGAACGAUCUUCCUGCUCAGGCAGAUUCCCUCAGCCCGUCCCCUUCGGCUGCUUCUUCAGCGGCCGUUAGUUUCAUUCGGGACGGGGGCCCUGUCUCGUUCCGCGGCGCGGCAUACCGCAAUCCUUAUGGAGCCGCACGGAGGACAUUCAUGAACUUUGCAGCACAUCUCGAGGAGGUAGGCAAAUGGAACGUACGGGAGUAUUGCAAAGUCCUACAUAUCAUCAGUGACACACUAUUUGAGAUUGACACCGCAAAUAUCAACGGGUAA